UUAAAUUGAAAGGUUGAAAAUGUGAAGAAAAGAAAUACUUAAAUCUUAAAAAAUGCGAAUCUUAAACUAUUAUAAAUAUAAGAGAAAAGUUUCUAAUUUCAAAGUUUUAUCAUUUUGUAGUAAGCCAUUAGAACAAGUUAAAAUAUUAUUUUUUGGUACGGACAAUUUUUCUUUACCAAGUUUGAAAGAACUUCAUAAAAACAAAAUGCAACAGGACUCUAAAAUUAAGUUAUUGGAAGUGGUCACUUCAUUCAAAAAACCUAUUAAUCCUAUAAGAAAAUAUGCAAUGGAUCAUAAAAUACCAUUACAUAACUGGCCAUCUUGUGUGGAUGACUUGAACAUUGGAAGAUUCAAUAUUGGGAUUGUAGUGUCCUUUGGUUAUUUGAUACCGUCAAAAAUUAUUUCCAAGUUUCCAAUGGGAAUGAUUAAUUUACACGCUAGCCUGUUACCACGAUGGAGAGGUGCUGCUCCAAUUGUUCACGCUAUUGCAAAUGGUGAUGAUAAAACGGGGGUUUCUAUAAUGAAGAUAGAGCCAAAGCAUUUCGAUAUAGGUGAUAUAUUGUACCAAGAGGAAGUACUCAUAGACAACCACAUAUUAAUGCCAGAAUUGUUUAAAAAUUUAGCAGAAGUAGGGUCAAAAUUAAUUAUUAAAACCGUUCAAAAUUGCCCAGAAUGUUUUAAUAAAUUCACGAAACAAAAUGACCUUUUGGUGUCUUAUGCUCCAAAAAUUUCUCUUGAAAUGACUGAAAUAAAAUGGCAAACUAUGACGGCAAAAAAAAUUUAUAAUUUAUAUCGUGCUCUUUAUGGUUACAAAAGCUUAUCGACCAAAUUUAGAAAUUUAAAUAUAAAAAUUAUAGAAAUAUCUUUCAAAGAUUUUUUCAUAUUGGGUGAAGAGGACAGUUUUUCAAAACAACGUUGCGGUUCUAUAAAAUAUUGUAAAGAAGAUGAUACUAUGAUAGUGCUGUGCAAACAUUUUGAAUAUAUUAAAGUCAAGAAACUAAAAGUCGAAGGGAAAAAAAUUAUGACAGCGGCAGAAUUUAAUAACGGAUUUUUAAAAAAACUUAACGAAAGAGAACUGUUAUAUUUUGAAUAAAUUUCUUUGAAAUGGAAA